AUCUGCCACUGCUUCACAGCUAUCAAGUCCUAGAAACACUCAUCAACGAUAAAAACAAUCCAUCUCUGUUGCCUGUCGUCAAUUAUGCUGUCCAUGCUGCACGGCAUCGCCGUUCGGUGCUACAUGUGGGUGAGUUUUACUUUCCAACGGGUUAACAGACUAAUUAGCCCCCAUAGCUCGUCUCUGCACUAGGUGGUGCAGACCCGGAUCUCAUGGCCGCACUAACGCGCGAUGAGGAGCAAAUUAUGAGGCUACUCAGCAAUAUGUCAGACGCAGACAGGUGCGACAUUGUGUGCCUCCGCGGCCCUCAUGCAGCCGACCUGCUGAACCUUCUCGAUCUGGUACGUCUCUCUCACGCUAUCUAUGCGUUAAUCACCGAAUAGCACGGGACCUUAGAUUUUACAUCCUACAUCGCCAGCUGCUCCCGAUGUUUUU